AUCGCGGCGACGGCGCUAUAGCACUUGAGUAUUUUUGUUUGGUUUGUUGACGUUUGGCGCUGAGCGUUGCGUUUUCGUUUGACAGUUGUUCUAAGAGGCGGUACAUCGUUCCAGCGCAAAAAAAAAACAACAAUUCACCUUAACCAGCCCACUUUACCAGCUUCACGCAAUCAGUGGCGGCUCGUUUAUCUUAUCAGCCCCGGAACAAAGUGUGUGUGUUUUUUUUCUCCGUGCACAACAAUUAGAAAAAGAGGCAAACGCGAUUAGCACCCUUGUCGGAUGAUACGAGCGAAUCGUUGUAUUGUGCAGCGGACAGUCGUAUGAGAAGCGCUCCAGCCCGUACACACGGAGUUUUACGUGGAUUUCCUAUAACCGUUAAUUGCUAGCACGGCCCAUAGUUUAGCACAACCGCAUCAAAAUGUGUGCCACGACGAAAAUGCUACAAUCGUGCAUCUCACUGCCGUUGGACGAACCCCAGCUGCUGGACGUGGUGGAGAAGGCGAAGGAUUGGGCGAUCAUGCACGGGGCAGCGAUGCGUUCCAAGCAAAACUUCGAUCAGGAUGCGUUGCUGUUUGCUCCGUUCAUACUGACACCAUCCUCCUUUCCCCGGAAAGAGUUCCAGAAGGCGGUGGAACUGCAACCGCUGCUAAACGAGCUGAUUCAUUCCGUUGCUCACGAUAGCCAGUUUCUGCUGACGACGCUCAGCUCAACCGAGAAGGUGGAUGAGUUCACCCGCUCACUGAUCACCAUCUACCGGACGGUAUUGGACGAGGGUAUUGCUCAGCCCAUCAGUUUGGGGCUGCUGCGGUCGGAUUUGAUGCUGGAGACGAGGUGCGACGACGAAUGUAGCGGACGGACGCGCGCCUUUAACGCUUACUGCUGCUGGAAGCAGGUGGAAAUCAACACGAUCGCGUCGGGUUUCGGUCAUCUCGGGCCCUCAAGCAAAUAUCUGCAAAGCUAUGUUCUGACGGAGCUUGGGCAUCAGGAUAAGCUGGUAAAUCUACCGGAAAACAAUGCACUGUCCGGUUUGUGCGAUGCGAUGGUUGAGGCCUGGAAGUUACAGGCCCGCUCGUCGGCAGCCAUUUUGUUCGUCGUGGAGGACGUCACGUACAACAUCUGCGAUCAGCGGUUCCACGAGUUUUACAUCCGCAAGGCGUACCCGCAUGUGGCCGUUAUACGCCGAACGCUAACGCAGAUUAGUAAAACGGGAAAGCUUGGCGCCGGCAAGGAGCUUCUAAUCGAUGGUACCGAAGCGAGCGUUGUAUACUUCCGGGCCGGGUAUGAACCGGGCCAUUACUAUGGGCAGGCUGAGUGGGAUGCCCGGCUGCUGAUCGAACGGUCGGUCGCGAUCAAGUGUCCCUCGAUACAGUACCAUCUGGCCGGUACGAAGAAGGUGCAGCAGGCGCUGGCCAAGCCGGAGGUGUUGCGCCGGUUUGUCGGUGACGAAACGAAGAUUGAGGCGAUUCGCGACAUCUUUACUGGGCUGUAUUCGCUCGAUCAGGACGAGGGUGGUGAUGAAGCGAUGGCACUUGCACUGUCCGAUCCAGAACGCUUCGUGCUGAAACCGCAGCGUGAGGGCGGUGGUAACAAUGUGUACGGUGAGGACAUACCGGCCGCACUGAAGGCGAUGAGUAAUGAGGAACGCUCGGCCUGGAUUUUGAUGGAGCGCAUCUUUCCACCGCUGUCGACGGGUUACAUGGUACGCCCGAAUGGACCGUCACCGCCACCGUUGGUGCAGCUUGUUUCGGAGUUGGGCAUUUUCGGCACCAUCAUUGGCUCAAAGGACAACGUGCUGUACAACAAACAGGUAGGGCAUAUGCUGCGUACGAAGCUGUCCUCAUCGAACGAGGGUGGAGUUGCGGCCGGUUCUGGAGCGCUGGACAGCCCGUACCUCAUCGAUUAAGACACUCCACGAACGCAUUUUUUCAAUCCACUGGCGGUGCAAUUAAUAGUUAGAUAGGGAGAUAGAGAGCGUGUAGAACGAGAGAAAAGGAUAGGAAUAGAGAAAGACAGAACGGGUAGAGUGGUGACGACUAUCAUUGAUUCAUUGCUCCACUAUCCGCAUCGGCGGAAUUGCCGCGAUGAUAAAUUGCAUCUACGCGUCAGAGUGAAUCAUAUUUACCCAGCAUUACACAGAUUGUUAUUUUUCCCCCUCUCAGAGGUAAUAAAUCACGAAAAACUUUAGUAACAUA